AUGAACAGGAAUAUGAACAUCAACAUCAACAGUGACUGUCACAGUAACAGUGGCUAUAACAAUGAGAGUCAGAAUCCGAAUGACAAUGACAAUAAUAAUAAUAAAAUUCAAAAAAUUAAAACCAACAGGCAGAGUUGUUCCAUAACCCCAUCAUCUACCACCAACCCCAUCAUCUACCAACCCCAGCAUCUACUACCAACCCCAACAUCUACCAACCCCAACAUCUACCAACCCCAUCAUCUACCACCAACCCCAUCAUCUAUUGCCAACCCCAUCAUCUAUUACCAACCCCAGCAUCUACUACCAACCCCAGCAUCUACUACCAACCCCAUCAUCUACCAACCCCAACAUCUACCACCAACCCCAACAUCUACCAACCCCAGCAUCUACUACCAACCCCAGCAUCUACUACCAACCCCAUCAUCUACCAACCCCAACAUCUACCACCAACCCCAACAUCUACCAACCCCAACAUCUACCACCAACCCCAACAUCUACCAACCCCAGCAUCUACUACCAACCCCAGCAUCUACUACCAACCCCAUCAUCUACCAACCCCAUCAUCUACCAACCCCAACAUCUACCAACCCCAGCAUCUACUACCAACCCCAGCAUCUACUACCAACCCCAUCAUCUACCAACCCCAACAUCUACCACCAACCCCAACAUCUACCAACCCCAGCAUCUACUACCAACCCCAACAUCUACCAACCCCAGCCUCUACUACCAACCCCAGCAUCUACUACCAACCCCAUCAUCUACCAACCCCAACAUCUACCACCAACCCCAACAUCUACCAACCCCAGCAUCUACUACCAACCCCAACAUCUACCAACCCUAUCAUCUACUACCAACCCCAGCAUCUACCAACCCCAGCAUCUACCAACCCCAGCAUCUACUACCAACCCCAUCAUCUACCAACCCCAACAUCUACCACCAACCCCAACAUCUACCAACCCCAUCAUCUACUACCAACCCCAUCAUCUACCACCAACCCCAGCAUCUACUACCAACCCCAGCAUCUACUACCAACCCCAUCAUCUACCAACCCCAGCAUCUACUACCAACCCCAUCAUCUACCAACCCCAACAUCUACCAACCCCAGCAUCUACUACCAACCCUAUCAUCUACUACCAACCCCAGCAUCUACUACCAACCCCAUCACCUACUACCAACCCUAUCAUCUACCACCAACCCCAUCAUCUACCACCAACCCCAUCAUCUAUUACCAACCCCAUCAUCUACUGCCAACCCCAUCAUCUAUUACCAACCCCAUCAUCUACCACCAACCCCAUCAUCUAUUACCAACCCCAUCAUCAUCUACCAACCCCAUCAUCUACCAACCCCAUCAUCUACCAACCCCAACAUCUACUACCAACCCUAUCAUCUACCACCAACCCCAUCAUCUACCAACCCCAACAUCUAUUACCAACCCCAGCAUCUACUACCAACCCCAACAUCUACUACCAACCCCAUCAUCUACCAACCCCAACAUCUAUUACCAACCCCAUCAUCUACCACCAACCCCAUCAUCUACCAACCCCAACAUCUAUUACCAACCCCAUCAUCUACUACCAACCCCAUCAUCUACCACCAACCCCAUCAUCUACUGCCAACCCCAUCAUCAUCUACCAACCCCAUCAUCUACCAACCCCAUCAUCUACCAACCCCAACAUCUACUACCAACCCUAUCAUCUACCACCAACCCCAUCAUCUACCAACCCCAACAUCUAUUACCAACCCCAGCAUCUACUACCAACCCCAACAUCUACUACCAACCCCAUCAUCUACCAACCCCAACAUCUAUUACCAACCCCAUCAUCUACCACCAACCCCAUCAUCUACUGCCAACCCCAUCAUCAUCUACCAACCCCAGCAUCUACUACCAACCCCAACAUCUACUACCAACCCCAUCAUCUACCAACCCCAACAUCUAUUACCAACCCCAUCAUCUACCACCAACCCCAUCAUCUACCACCAACCCCAUCAUCUACCAACCCCAACAUCUAUUACCAACCCCAUCAUCUACCACCAACCCCAUCAUCUACCAACCCCAACAUCUAUUACCAACCCCAUCAUCUACUACCAACCCCAUCAUCUACUACCAACCCUAUCAUCUACUGCCAACCCCAUCAUCAUCUACCAACCCCAUCAUCUACCACCAACCCCAUCAUCUACCAACCCCAACAUCUACUACCAACCCCAACAUCUACCAACCCCAACAUCUACUACCAACCCCAGCCUCUACUACCAACCCCAGCAUCUAUUACCAACCCCAGCAUCUAUUACCAACCCCACAUCAACUGCCAACCCUAUCAUCUACUACCAACCCCAGCCUCUACUGUCAACCCCAACAUCUACUGCCAACCCUAUCAUCUACUACCAACCCCAGCCUCUACUACCAACCCCAGCAUCUAUUACCAACCCCAACAUCUACUACCAACCCCAGCCUCUACUGUCAACCCCAACAUCUACUGCCAACCCUAUCAUCUACUACCAACCCCAGCCUCUACUACCAACCCCAGCAUCUAUUACCAACCCCAACAUCUACUGCCAACCCCAGCAUCUACUACCAACCCCAGCCUCUACUGUCAACCCCAACAUCUACUGCCAACCCUAUCAUCUACUACCAACCCCAGCAUCUAUCACCAACCCCAACAUCUAUUACCAACCCCAACAUCUACUGCCAACCCUAUCAUCUACUACCAACCCCAGCCUCUACUACCAACCCCAGCAUCUAUUACCAACCCCAACAUCUACUACCAACCCCAGCCUCUACUACCAACCCCAGCAUCUAUUACCAACCCCAACAUCUACUACCAACCCCAGCAUCUAUUACCAACCCCAACAUCUACUACCAACCCCAGCCUCUACUGUCAACCCCAUCAUCUACCACCAACCCCAACAUCUACUACCAACCCCAGCCUCUACUGUCAACCCCAACAUCUACUGCCAACCCUAUCAUCUACUACCAACCCCAGCCUCUACUACCAACCCCAGCAUCUAUUACCAACCCCAACAUCUACUGCCAACCCCAACAUCUAUUACCAACCCUAUCAUCUACCACCACCCCAGCCUCUAAACCCAACCCCAGCCAACCCCCAGCGCUGUUAA